GUGUACCUUGACGUCACGGUGCUUUACAUGCGAAACUGUUGUCCGUAGUGUAUACGUAUAGCUGCGAAGAAAGCGUGGUAUAUAGCGAGCGUCUAUUAACUGGAUUGCACACUAACUCGUAUUGCCUGUACCGCCAGUAACAAUGGACGGCAAGACAUGGAUCGAUCUAACGUUGGUGUUGACGAUAUGGAAUGUACCACAUACAACAGGGCAAUGCUCAUCGUCGACUUUAGAACUAACAGCCAUAACCGCUGAAAAUCGCAUAUUUACCUCCCCCCGCUAUCCAAACCCGUACCCAGCAAACUCCUUAUGUUCGUGGAAGAUAUCUACUGGAUUCACCGACCAUCGAGUGACGUUAACGAUAACUGUCAGUCAGCUUGAGGAGUACUAUUCCGGGGUGUGUGCCUAUGACGUAGUGAGGGUUGGAGACGGUCCUAAUGCACUGUCUGAUACGAUCGUCGAGUGGUGUGGGGAUGACUACCCAUCGUACAUCACCAGUACCGGUCCCGAUUUGUUUGUUCAAUUUAUCACUGACUCAGUCGCACAACGAACUGGUUUCUCAAUCACGUACCAGAGUUUCGAGCUUGGCACGUGUCCUAAUGACUGGUGUGAAUACAAUGGUUUCUGUUAUCGGAUGAGAACACAGCCGACUACCUGGGUAAACGCGCAAUAUGGCUGUAUGUACGAUGCGGCAAAUCUCUUGUCGAUUUCAAGCGAUGAUGAGUCAGACUUUCUACAGGGUACUUUUGGAACUUCGUGGAAUGCUACGUGGUUGGGUUUGGAGAGAGUCACCCUGGAUACGUUAAAAUGGACGGACAGAACGACGCAUGCGUCCUUUCACAACUGGAAGAUAGAAUUUUCUGAGUAUUGGACUGAAGAUGAAGACUGUGCUGUGUACGAAAUGCAUGACGGGACAUGGUCGAUUCAGAACUGUGAAAACCAGCUGGCUUUCAUUUGUAAGAAGAAUAUCGAUGGAAGUACAGUGGGUUAUAAACCUUGGAUCCGAACUCCUGACCCAAUCGACAGUGAUGAUGAACCCUUCAAUUCGGUGGGAAUUCUCGGUAUAUGUGUCUUAUUCAUCUUGGUUCUUGUCGGCAUGCACUCAACGCUGAAGUGGAAAAUGAACCAACGGAACAGAGUUGUCCCCAUGGGCGAUAACGUCGAGGAUGGUGCUGUUGAGACGCCGACCGAGGAGCACGAACUUGAUACCCGAACAUACAACCUAAACACGGGCGCAAUCAUUCCAACAGCGAAAGGGCGCUCGACUACCGCAUCGACAGACGAGAAUCAAAAUACUUCACCGUGUGGCAAAGAAUUGACGAAAAGAGUAAAUCCAGCCCUGUAUAUUAAAAGGAAAGGAUUUCCUCCCUUGAAAAGAAUGGAUACGACAUGGAUAUGUCAAACAGGGGUUCCUCCAGUGACACCCCCGCCGGGAAUGAUAUGUUCAGAUGAUGAGAGUAAUGCGGUGAACAAAUAG